AUGGCGACCUCAUACCCUCAGAUCGUCCUUUUCGGGGACUCACUCUUCCAAGCCAGCGUUGAUGCAUCCACCGGCUUCUCCUUCCAGUCCGCUCUUCAGACACAGGUUCUCCGCCGCUUCGAUGUCGUCAACCGCGGUUUUUCAGGGUACAACACAUCCAACGCCCUGAGCAUCCUACCCAAUAUUUUUGCGCCGCCAUCACUGGGCGGGCCGGCAUUGAAAUACCUGAUUAUCCUGUUUGGAGCCAACGAUGCAGCCGUCCAACUCCCAACCAACUUCCAACAUGUGCCGCUGGAGCGGUACAAGGAGAACCUGGUCCGCAUCAUCAAUCACCCGAUCGUGACGGCGCACAAACCCAAGAUCUUACUCGUCACACCACCGCCCUUAGACGAGAUUCGCGUGACUGUACUUGACCGCGCCAACGGACACCCCGCUGCGAUGCGCCAGACUAAGCGCAGCGCCGCCUACUCCGAGGCCGUCCGCCAGAUCGCGGCCCAACACCCGGCCAUCACGUUGGUCGACCUGCACAAAGCCAUCAUGGACCGCGCCCUCGAGAAGACCCCCGGGUUUGACCCGAAGAAAUCCAAGAACGGCGCGGCCCUUGGUGACCCGGAGAGCGGGGUCCGCGGAUACCUCGAGCAGCUGCUCCCCGACGGCUUGCACAUGAGUGCCGAGUCGUACCAGGUCUUUUACGACCUAGUGCGGCCGCACCUUGGUUCAGAGUGGGCUGGGACAAAGGAUGAGAACAAGGUUGGGUUCGUGCUGCCGGACUGGCGAGACGCGCCCUGGCUCGAGGAGGACGACCAUCUGAUGGGCAAGUCCAUAUAA